GAAGCAGUAAAGCUUAUUUACGAGUAUAACCAAUUAUCAAUUAUGAUAGAGAAAGCGAAAAAUAAUUACCUUGGUCGCCUAGGAAGUGAUAAUGACAGUAACAAUCUUGCAGAUUUUAAAGAACUUUAUGAAAAAGCGGAAUCUUAUAAAGCUAACCUUAUAGCUUACAUUUAUAAAUCUAAGCUUGAUUUUAAUGUUGAAUUUCCACAAUGUGAAGACAUUACAAAAAUGAGAUCUAAAUUGUCAGAGCUGAAAAUGAUGCACCUAAUUAUAUUAAAAUCAUUCAUGGAACUAGGUGAAGAGGCAGGCACUGCUAGAGCGAAUAUACCCAUUUCCGCAGAAAUUAAAUUAUUUUAUUAUGAAACUGUUAUUGUUCAUAGUAGUGACUGCACUAAAAUAGGUGUUGGAAUGUGCAAAGACACUAAUGAAAUGCCUGGUAAAUGUGAUCAAUCUUCUGGGUAUUAUGGAUGUGGAAGCUUUUAUUAUAAUAGACAAAAGAUCGAUACUUUAGAAGGAUUUACAACUGGAGAUAUUGUUGGAUUUGGAUAUAACUUUGUUAAAAAUGAAUAUUUGCUCACAAAAAAUGGUAAAAAACUUAAAAUAAAGUUCACAAAUUUAGGGUUAAAUAUUGGACCAUUUAUAAAAAAAUUUCAGUUUAUCGCCUCAAAUUCAUAUUAUCCUGUUAUUGUUAUUGGAUCAAAGGAUUCUGAAAUUAUUAUAAAGUUUGAUGAUCUUGC